AUGGUGCUUUUGCUACAAACCUUCAACAAGCUCUGUUCCAAGCUCGACAACCACCACCACCACCACCAUCACCGCCGCCAUGGAUCUCAAGCUUCAUCUGCUGCCUCUCAUCUCCAGGCCUUCGAGUCCGACGUGUCGUCUUGCCUCAUUCAAUUUUCGGCCUCGAGCUCCGAUUCCCGAUUGCUGUCGUUCCCAUGGCUUCUCCAGCUUCUCCAGACUCUGCCCAUCGUUCACCAGGCGUUUACGAAAUUGGCCGUGAAUUUGGAGCAUCCCGUCGGACAAUGGCCGCCCGAUUUGGUCGAUGGGUAUCUCAAUUACACCCUUAAUUUGCUUGAUCUUCUAAAUUCUGUCAGUUUCUCGCUCUCCCAAUUGGGGCAAUCUCGGCUUCUUCUUUCCCACGCUCUGGGCCUAAUUCAGAGCUCCCCUUCCAUGGCGGUGGAGCGUAUGAAACCCAUCGUGCCGAAGAAGAAUUUCAGAGAAUUUGAAAUCAAAGCAGCCGUGAGAGAUCGGAGAAAGGGCUGCUCCGGCGAAGAUUGGGCGAUCGAGAGAGCUCUGGUGACAAUGGAGGGAAUCGGGUAUUGGGUCUGUGGGAUUGUGCUUUCCGGUUGCGAGGGAGAUUCCACGGCGUAUUUGGCGGCGAGAAAGUCCGCCGCCGGUGUGGCGAUUUCUUCGUUUAAGUCGUUGGAUUCGGUUGUCCUUGAGGCGGUUUCCGGGAAGGGGAGUGUGCCGGAGGAAGUCGAGGAACUCAACGAGGCGGCGGCGCUGGUCGCCGCCGAUUUGGUAAAUGGGAGGAGCGGCAGCGGCGGAGCGGCGGAGGAAAUGAGGAGGAGAUCGGAGAGAUUGGAGAAGGAGGUGGAGAGAUUGAGGAAGGAGGUGGACGGAAGAUUCUCGGAGGUUCUGGACGGAAGAAGCCGAUUACUUGAUGUUUUCAGAGAGGGAAAACAUUGA